GCGCCUGGGUCCUCAGCUCCCCUCAGCCGGGCAUCCUGCCCCGUCCCGGCCGCUGUGCCGGCCUCCUUGACGGCCGAGAACGGCUCCGCACCCGCGGGCCCCACCCUCUUCUCGCGGCCCGCCCUGCCGGCUCCCUCUUCCCACCGUGCCCCCAUCCGGCCCCACUGAGCAUUUUCCCGUGGGUUGCUUCCUUCCCUGUCCAAGGCAGCCGGGACACCUAUGUCAUUGCUACGCCCCCUCGCUGAGGCAGGGCAGAGGCUGCACUGCGCACGCGCCCCACGAGAACGCGUGCUCAUCAACCGCCUUUCCCUUAACGGCUGGAGCCGCCUCGUUUCUCCUUCCCCACGAUUUAAAUAUGCUAAUGAAGGGUCGUCGGGAGUCCUAUGGCGGAGCAGGGAGGCGGUCACGUGGCUUGGGGACGUGCCUGUAGGGGGCGGCUCCCGACCUGCCCCGGCUGCCUUAAAAGCGGGCUGCGAGCGAGGAAGCGCCUCAGUUAGAGAGAGAAAGUGCCGGGGUGGGUGGGUUGUGGCUGCCCUGCCUGAAACUUCUGAGUAACAUCAACGGGGGGGGGCCAGCAACGGCGGCAGCAGCAGCCGUGCAGCCCUGUCCGCCUUUUCCUCAUAAACCAGCCCGUGCAGGGCUCGAGCGGGCCACUCACACAAAGGCGAGCAGGGCAGCUCCCCGGAGCGGGGGGGGGGGGUGGCGCUCCUCCCCGUGCAGAGCACUCACAGCUCCUAUUGCCCGCCCGUCCCCCGUGUCCGGCCCCCCCCCCCCCCGCCCCGUGUCCAUGUAGCCGCCGGCCCCGCUGCUGCUCCGCACUAUGCCCAUCUUACUCUUCCUGAUAGACACGUCCGCCUCCAUGAACCAGCGCACCCAUCUGGGCACCACCUAUCUGGACAUAGCCAAAGGCGCUGUAGAGACUUUCAUGAAGCUCCGCGCCCGGGACCCCGCCAGCAGAGGAGACAGGUACAUGCUGGUCACUUUCGAGGAGCCUCCCCACGCCAUCAAGGCUGGCUGGAAAGAAAACCAUGCAACCUUUAUGAAUGAAUUGAAAAACCUUCAAGCUGAAGGACUUACGACUCUUGGCCAGUCUCUAAGGACAGCUUUUGAUUUAUUAAACUUAAAUAGAUUAGUAACUGGCAUAGACAACUAUGGGCAGGGAAGAAACCCUUUUUUUCUGGAGCCAGCAAUAAUUAUAACAGUUACUGAUGGGAGUAAAUUAACUACCACGAGUGGGAUACAGGAUGAGCUCCAUUUACCUCUCAAUUCUCCUUUACCUGGAAGUGAAUUGACUAAGGAACCUUUUCGCUGGGAUCAGAGACUAUUUGCUUUAGUUCUGCGUUUGCCUGGCAUCACAACUCCAGAAUCAGAGCAGAUAGCAGGUGUGCCUGUUGAUGACUCAGCAAUUACACCUAUGUGUGAAGUCACAGGAGGUCGCUCGUAUUGUGUGUGUUCUCCAAAAAUGCUGAAUCAGUGUCUUGAAUCAUUGGUUCAAAAAGUGCAAAGUGGAGUAGUAAUAAAUUUUGAAAAAUCUGGACCAGAUCCUUCACCGAUUGAAGAUGGACAGAUGGAUAUAGCUAGGUGUUUUGGACCCCAACCUUGGCACAGCUGUCACAAACUUAUCUAUGUCAGACCAAACCCUAAAACUGGAGUUCCCAUAGGCCACUGGCCUGUUCCAGAAUCCUUUUGGCCAGAUCAAAAUUCUCCAACGUUGCCACCUCGCACAUCUCACCCUGUAGUGAGGUUCUCCUGCACAGACUGUGAACCAAUGGUCAUUGACAAACUACCUUUUGAUAAAUAUGAGUUAGAACCUUCACCGCUGACCCAGUUUAUUCUGGAAAGGAAAUCUCCUCAGACCUGUUGGCAGGUGUAUGUGAGCAAUAGUGCAAAAUAUAGUGAACUUGGCCAUCCUUUUGGUUACUUGAAAGCCAGUACAGCACUGAAUUGUGUGAACCUGUUUGUGAUGCCUUACAAUUAUCCAGUACUCCUUCCCCUCUUAGAUGACUUAUUCAAAGUACACAAAGCAAAGCCAACCCUAAAAUGGCGACAGUCAUUUGAAAGCUAUCUGAAGACAAUGCCUCCUUACUAUCUAGGGCCUUUGAAGAAAGCUGUGAGAAUGAUGGGAGCGCCUAACCUUAUAGCAGACAGUGUGGAAUAUGGACUUAGUUACAGUGUCAUUUCAUACCUCAAAAAGUUGAGUCAACAGGCCAAAAUAGAGUCCGAUAGAGUCAUUGGCUCUGUAGGCAAAAAGGUAGCGCAAGAGACUGGAAUUAAGGUCAGAAGCAGAUCACACAACCUGUCUAUGGCACAUAGGAACGAUUUUCAACAACUGCUACAGGGGAUUACUGGGGAAAUUCCUCAUAGACUUCUAGACCUCAAUAUGAAGGAGUAUGCUGGGUUCCAAAUAGCUUUGCUGAAUAAGGAAUUGAAACCUCAGACAUUUAGAAAUGCUUAUGAUAUACCCCGAAGGAAUCUUUUGGAUCACUUAACAAGAAUGAGGUCUAAUCUUAUGAAGAUAACUCGCAAGUUUCUCAAAGGACAAGAUGAAGAUCAAGUUCACAGUGUACCAAUAGCACAAAUGGGAAAUUAUCAGGAGUACCUAAAACAGAUACCAUCUCCUCUUCGAGAGCUUGACCCUGAUCAACCCCGAAGGCUACAUACAUUUGGUAAUCCAUUUAAAUUGGACAAGAAGGGAAUGAUGAUAGAUGAAGCAGAUGAAUUUGUAUCAGGGCCUCAAAAUAAACACAAACGACCCGGAGAACCAAAUAUGCAAGGGAUUCCUAAAAGACGUCGGUGUAUGUCACCCCUUCUCAGAGGCCGGCCACAGACUCCUCCUGUCAUGAACAAUCAUAUUGGAGGAAAAGGGCCACCUAUACCUGUAACGCAAGCACAGCCAGAUCUUGUUAAACCUAUUCCUAUCCACAAAACUUCAGAAACCAAUAACGAGAUUGCAGCGGAUGAUGUGAUUGAGAAUCAUGUUGCAGACCCACUUUCAUCAGAUGUUUUUCCAAAUGCUAUGGAUUCUGAAUUUUCAGUGUCCUCUUCUCCAUUCAAUUCAUUGGACGGACCAACAACUCAUUCAGAGCAUCUAGGCCAUGAACAUUUAGAAGCUAAUAACCUUAACGUUGAUGAAUUUAUGAAAAAUCAUGAAGAGUCAGAUGGUAAAGAGCGAAGUACUCAAGAAAACUUGCCAGCAUCUUCGCCCAACAAAGGGAAAAAAGUGAUACAUUCCAGAAGUGCGAGAGAGGUUAAUAUAGAACUGAAAGCACAAAUUAUGAAGGAGAUUAGAAAGCCAGGAAGAAAAUAUGAAAGAAUCUUCUUUUUACUGAAGCAUGUUCAAGGCAGUUUACAAACACGACUAAUAUUUUUACAGAAUGUUAUUAAAGAAGCCUCAAGGUUUAAAAAACGAAUGCUGAUAGAACAACUUGAGGGUUUUCUGGAAGAAAUCCAUCGCAGAUCCAACCAAGUUAACCAUAUCAACAACAGCUAAGAGAUGUUUUUACACAUCGAAAAGCCACAGUAGGGCACAGCUGUAUUACCUGCAUUCAUUUUUGAUAUGCACUCUUGGCUCCAGUACCCUAUCUGAAAGACUAAAAGCUGCUCUCUAGUAUGAUGGGAAAAGUAUAUGUAAUCUUUUUCUUCAUUUCUGUUGUUUUUGUAAUGUGAAAAAUGUCACUAAAAGCGUUUUUAUUUAACAAACUAAAAACAGAGAAUUUCUUGCUUGUCAUUGACUUAAAUGUCACUUUCCCUCAGGUUCUAUUUUCUUAACCCAAUCUUCAAAACUAUCAUCUCUGUUAAGGUUGAACUUUGCCAAAAAAAAAAAAAAAAAAAAAAAAAAAAGUUGCUUUGUAAUUUUCAAAAAAAAGCACAUACAUUAAACAAGGUAACGUUUUGUAUAUACAGUUAUUUUGGAUAUAUUAUUGUAAGUUGUACAAAUGUAUUUUGAAAAAUAUUUAAAAGAAGCACUUUUGUUAUUCCAUCAAUAAAAAAACCCUCUAUUUUAAUCUUUGGUGGUUAGGAAUGAGUACAGUUUUCACUGAAGUGGCUCAUUUCUCUCCUCCCCUUUUUAGAUCUACACAGUUUUAUUCAGUUUUGAGGAACCAGCUACAAUUUUAAGCCUCAUGGGAAAUGCUGACUCCUUGGUUCUCAGAAUAAGAUAUAAAUUAUGAAAAGAAACUAAGAAAGCUGCUAUUUGACCACAUAAUUAUGGUGAUAAGUUGUCAUAGCAUCAUGUAUUUUAAGUCUUAUUUUUACUGAACAGCGUCACAGAUCUCAUGUACAGUAUGCACACCAGAGAAAUGGCAAAAUGUGGGAUUAUUUAAUUUUUCUUUGAGAUUUAACAAUCUUUCCAGUUAUGCCAACCUUAUCCUUUGUUCCUUAACGAGGCUGCUUGUGUGCCUAACCCCCUCUCCCUUCCCAGGCCCUGCACUGUAAAGUAAAAGAGAAAUUUUUUUAAUGUAAAGUCUGCAUUGGAAGUAAUGUAUGUGGUGGUACUGAUUCAGUUGUUUAGUUGAGUAGAGACACUCAGGCUAUGAAAACUACAAGUGAAGGUGUGAGUAUAGCACAGGUAUGCCUACCUGUGCUGUUAGCUUUAAUUUAGCUCAACCGGGUGACAACAAUAGUGUAGACGUGGUGGAUCAGAUUAGCAACUCAAGUACAUAGAGUCCCCAGUGGGCUUGUACUCUGGUGUCCUGGUGCCAAUUCCUUAACAGCCUGUCUCUCAGCUGGAUUAUUUCUUUUGGAUGCACUUCAGGCUGCUUGUUUACCUCACCACUUCAGCUUGAUAAUGUAACUGAUUCUGGAACCUAAUUCAGUUUUUAAUUUUUUGUUUAAAAUUUUAAUUUCAGGAGCAGAAAAUAAACCACCACUUGAAAAAUAGCAGAUAAUGUAAAGCUUUGUGGUGGGUUGGUAUUCUCCUCUCAGCUGACUCAGUCUUGUGAGCAAAGAACACAAGUAACUAAUACAUUCUGUUGGUUUUAGCUAGUCUCCUGUUUACCUUGUGACUCCAACCAUUUUUUAAAAAGAGUAAAAGAUGCUUUUAUACAGCAACAAAAUAAAAGCACAUUACACAAAAUGCAAAAGUAAUACAUUUUUAUUUACAAUAUUAUUUGGUUAAACAUUUAUCCGCUCUUGUGGAUUUUUUGCAAAAUAAUUAAGUAUCCAGUUUUUAAUAAAUAUGCAUAGUGUCUCAAUUUCACUGAAGGAAAGAUGGGUGCAGAAGGAAUAAGGGGAGGGUGCAUUGGGCACACUUAUUCUGAGGGAUUUGUAACUCUUCCUAUAAAGAGCACUGAACCUGUGAAUUAAAAUAUACACUUUAUUAAAAUUGCACACUCAAACACUUAUGGCCUAACUUUCAAAAAGUGUAUACAUGUAAUUGUGCACCUAAUUUGUACAUGCAACUUGUUGGUUAAUUGUCAGGUGGUCACAUACAUGAAAAUACUGGUUUUGUGGCUCCAAUUGCAGUAACUUGCAUUUUUAAAAGUCUGUGAAACCAGUUAAGGGCCAGAUUAAUUUGUUAAUUUGCACAUUAGAUUCAGUUGCUUAUUAAAUGGUUGGCAGCUGAACAAGAAGCUUCCUUAUCUAGUAUGAUUAAAUCUUGGCCAAAAUGAAAAUGGCUUUGAACUUGACCAAGUAGGUAAUGGGUCAAAUUCAUUCCAAUGUAUAUGUACUAGAGUUACAGCAGAGAUGGAUUUGGCCUAUUGGGUUACUGCCUCAUUAGAUUCAGUAAUUCAUCUAUGCUUUAAAUCACUUAAGAUAUCAUCCCAUUUCAGUUUAUCAGCUUGUCUUUUUUUUUCUCUAGACAGAUAUGUUCUAAAGUUGAAUUUCAGAGAGGACAGUGGUGCUCUUAACUGUAUCGUAAUUGGGUCAGGGGUUAUAUUUUCCAAAGUCUUUGGAAAGUGCCUAGCACAUUGCAGAAGAUAAAUAUGAGGGGAGAGUUCCUGGGCUUUUGUUCUGUAGUGAGGCCUAUUAACUUGCAGGUGGUAGGAGUUUGGAGCUUGCUGCCUUCCAAAUGGAUAAUAAACCAAAUAUUAAACAUUGGUAUUUUUAAUAGUAGCUUUAUUUACUCUUUUCCCCUCCCCAAAGAAGACAGACUUCUACCAAAAAUAAAUGUAUAUUUUUACACUUUUUUAUGAUAAAUAGAAGAAAAAAAAUGUGAUUUGCAAUGCUAUGACUGUUUUUGAUGCUAUUCUGAUUAGAAUGCUCUUUGGUGGUUUCUUGCUCUACUUGAUUUCUCUAAAUUUGUAUUUUACAGUCCAAUUUUCAUCCUAUUAAGUGCAUAGGUGAGUAAAGUAAGUUUUAAUUUUUUUGUUCAAUUUGCUCACUAAAGCCACUUUUAAUACUUA